UACGCAGGACGUGCAGCGGUUGUAAAAGGAAGGAAGAUGGCGGAUAACAAAGGCGAGGAGGAUAUGGAACCGUCAGCUAAUGUGGACUCAAUGCCUUCAGUGCAAGCCGAAGAGCAGUCUAACAGAAAAAGCGAUGACCAGGUAAUAGUUGUAGAGGCGAAUUCAAAAGAAAAUAUAGAAACUGAGUCCUCUAACGACGCUAACGAGGAGCCUAACGGCAAUAGUGAAGGAGUUGACGAUAGCAGUGGCGGGACAACUGAGGCUACUGCUGCUGCCGUUGUUGUUGCGGCAGGGGAAGCCGACGGUGGCGUUAGCAACGCUGCUAGCCCGACUGAGACCAGUAGCGCCAACCCAGAACCGUCGGCGAAUGAAACUGUCCCUGCCGCGGAUGCUACCGUUAGCGGAAACACAACUGAAACAUCUCCAGCUCCGGCUGCCUCGGUGGCCACGCCGGUAUCCACUCCUAUUAAUUUACUGGAUACGUGCACUGUGUGUAAACAGAGUCUUCAGACUCGAGACUGUGAACCAAAGCUUCUGCCCUGUCUUCACUCUUUUUGCCUGAAAUGUAUCCCGCAACCGGACAGACAGAUAAGCGUUCAGGUGCCUGGGCCACACGGGCAGACGGAUACCCAUAUAGUAAAUGUAAUGCGGUGUUCAGUUUGCCACCAGGACUACAAGCAAAGCGACAUUAUUGACAAUUACUUUGUCAAAGACACAACGGAAGCUACCAGCACAUCUGAUGAAAAAGCUGCACAGGUAUGCACAAGCUGUGAAGACAAUGCUGGGACCGUAGGCUUUUGUGUAGAGUGUGGAGAAUGGCUCUGUAAGACCUGCGUGGAGGCCCAUCAGAGAGUGAAAAUUACCAAGGACCACAAAAUUCGUACCAAGGAAGAUGCUGAUGCUUCCUCUGAGUCUGUCAACAUGACUGGACAGAGGCCUGUCUUCUGUCCCAAUCAUAAGCAGGAACCUCUGAAACUUUUCUGUGAGACAUGUGACACUCUAACAUGCCGUGACUGCCAACUUCUGGAGCACAAAGAGCACAGGUAUCAGUUUCUGGAAGAAGCCUUCCAGAACCAUAAAGGAAUUAUUGAGGCCAACAUGGCCAAGCUGCAGGAGAAAAAGAACUAUGUCCAUUACUCUGUCUCUCAGUUGCAAAACAGGUUAAAAGAGCUGGGUGAGACUCAUAGAAAAGUGGAACAUGAGAUCAAGAUUGCAGUAUUUACUCUUAUAAAUGAAAUCAACAAAAAGGGCAAGGCGUUACUUCAGCAGUUGGAGAGCGUUAACAAAGAGAGGAGCAUGAGGCUUAUGGCUCAGCAUAAGGACACCGCCCAGCUGGCCCAACAGAUCCACCAUGUGCUCAACUUUUGCAACUGGGCCAUCACUUCUGGCAGCAGUACAGCGUUACUUUACAGCAAGAGACCGAUCAUGUACCAGCUCCGUCAGCUCUUCAAGGCAAGACUGGAGCCAGCCCCACAGUCCAAUGGAGUGGUACGGUUCUUCUGUGACCCAACCUUCUGGGCCAAAAAUGUUGUGAAUUUAGGUAAUUUGGUCAUUGAAAAACCCCCUCCAUCGGCACAACCUCCCGGUAUGAUGGUAGGCGGACCGGCCAUUUCACCAGGCCAAGGUCACCCCAGCAAGCAUUCAGGACAGAUAAACCUGGCUCAGCUCAGGCUGCAACACAUGCAGCAGGCUGCUUAUGCACAGCAAAAGCAUCAGCAGCAUCAGCAGCAACAGCAACAACAGCAACAGCAGCAGAUUCAGCAACAAAUGCGUAUAGCUUCCCAAAUGUCCCAGCAGCAUGCCAGGCCAGGUGGCCCGGCUAUGGUUCAGCAGCAGCCUCCAAGACUCAUCAGUAUGCAGCAGCUACAAAGAGCCGGGACUAUCAACGGUGGGCCCAAUGCCCCUAUGUAUGCUUCCUCGCAUCACAUGCGUCUAGCUGGUCCACCCCAGGGCCGAAUGCCUGCGGCUCAGCCCAGACAUAACGGGCAGCAGUACGCGCCUCUGAUGCAGCCUCAGUUACAGAGACAGAUGUCUUUAGAAUCUGAGAUGAGCCACCAAAGGUUUCGUUUCUUACUCCAGUCAGGGCACUCCAACCCUGGACACGCUGGUCCCUUCCCGGUGGCAUCCCUACAUAACGCCAGUCCCACGAGUCCUACCAGUGCCAGCAUGGCCGGGGCCCAUGCUCACCGUGGCCCUGCCAGCCCAAUAAUUGGUCCCAUUGAGCUCAUCCCCUCUGUCACUAAUCCUGAGAAUCUGCCCUGCCUACCUGAGAUCCCGCCCAUCCAGUUGGAAGAUGCAGGCUCCAGCAAUCUUGGACACCUCCUUUCUCGUUACAUCUCAGCCAGCCAACAACACCAGCUUGGCUCGACAGACAUGAACCCCUCACCUGGACUGUCGACCCUUUCUCCUGGAUCGUCAGGUCUGUCCAAUGCUCACACACCAGCACGACCUUCCAGCACAUCCAGCACAGGCAGUAGGGGCAGCUGUAGCUCUGCUGGUAGAACGGGGACAGGUGGUGGAGCUACUGGAGAGCAGGUGAAGGUGAAGAAGGAACCUGGUACUGAGGAUGACUACAGCGGUCCUUCUUCUGUGAAGACUGAGCGAGGCAAAGACGCUGGACGGAGCGCCUGUAUGUUGAGCAGUCCAGAGAACAGCCCCCUCGGAGUUACAUCUGUAGGCCCAGAUUCUCUCAGGGGUCUCGGAGAACGCAUUAAAACAGAACCUACAUCUGAGACAUGUUGUCCUGGACUGAACGGCUCGUCAUCGUUGUCCACUAACACUACGACCUCCACUACUUUGACAUCCACCACAAGUCAGACAGGCCCUCCACUGACCAAUGGAAAUGUAGACAAGAGGAGUGGGACAAAUGAUGCAGCGCAGGGUUCUGGCGGGAAAGAUGACGACCCUAAUGAGGACUGGUGUGCUGUUUGUAUCAAUGGUGGUGACCUUCUAUGCUGUGACCGCUGUCCUAAAGUGUUUCACAUGAAAUGCCAUGUACCCACCAUAAAAAUCUUCCCACAAGGUGACUUCCUCUGCACGUUCUGCCGAAGUAUAGCCACCCCUGAGAUCGAGUAUUGUGAUGAAAGCAAGGGGAUCAAAGGAGAUCAGAGCCUGAAUCCUGAAGACCAACGGAAAUGUGAACGCCUCCUCCUGUAUAUUUUCUGUCAUGAGCUCAGCAUGGGCUUUAGGGAACCUGUUGCAAGCUCUGUGCCCAACUACUACAAGAUUAUUAAGCAGCCCAUGGACCUAAAGAAGGUGAAGAAGAAGCUGCAGUUGCGAAGCUCCCAGUACUACAAGUCCAUACAGGAGUUUGUGGAUGACAUGCGCCUAAUCUUCAAAAAUUGUGCAAAAUACAAUGAGAUGUCUCGAAUAAUCCGAGUUUAUGAUGAGGAGAAAGAGAUUAAUACCCAGGCGGGAUCAGAGAUGGCGAUAUCUGGUAAGGCGGUGAGCCUGUACUUUGAGGAGAAGCUGCAGGAGAUGUUCCCGGAUCAGAACUUCCCCGACUCACCAGAUCCUGAGUCCUCUGACGAGAAGGAAAGAGAGGAUGUUGACACAGAGGACUCUGAAGAGGACUUCAUUCAGCCAAGACGUAAACGGUUGAAAACGGAUGAGAAGGUUGUUCACAUCAAAUAAAGCCCAACGUUAAGAAACAAGAAGUAAAAGACUGUCUUCCUCUCAUCCCCCACUUCCCUUUUAUUUUUUGGUGCGAACCAUACAUAUGAAGUUUUCUAAAGAAACUCAUCAGAUUGUUGCCUUUAAAUAAAAGUAUUUCAAGUCUUCUGUUACGUUUAAUUCUGUGAACUGAAGGCGAAAAGACCGAUGAGCUGCAUUCCCUCUGUAUUUCAUGGACAUUGACCUGCUUGUACAGAUCUUGACGUAGGACAUUUUGUUCAGUUGUAGCUACCCAUUGAUUCAUUUUUGUUUGUUUUCUAUCAUCCAUUUGCAUUUGUAGAGUUUUAACAACUUCUUUAUAAAAACAUUUAACUUGACCUACUCAGUUUGAUGUAUAUUAUCUCUACUUCAACAUUGAGCCUACCAAGUAUUUGUAUGACUUUGUGGAAAUGUUGUGUAAAUAAGAGAGUCUACAGUAUAGAUGUUUUUGAUCUGUCAAUAAAACCUGUUCUUGAAGUA